AACAAUGAAAUGUCAGUCAAUAUUAAUAAUAUCGUAUCGUAUUCGAAAAUAUCGCCUAUAUGUGAAAUAUGGUAAUAAUUAUUUUCUAAAUAGUCGCUAAUAUUUUAUAGAACUUAUAACGGUUAAAGCUGUUCACUAAGUGUUUCACUGAUUAAAUUAAUCGCACUACCAUGGCGCACAUAACAGAUGUUCCUGAAGAAGUACUGAUCAUGAUUGUCAAGAUGCUGGAUCUCCCGGAUCAGCAGAACUUGUAUAACACUAGCCAGUAUUUUAGAUAUUUACUCCCUAACUGUGGGAUUACAAAAUGCACCAUGUCCAUGAAUAAAAUGGCUACCGUGAAUACACUGAAGACAAACAUCUUCAAAUCAAUUUCAGCUAAUCUGUUGGAGCUCAACAUGCAAGGAGUCCCUGACUUAAAGUCAGUGAAACUGGUUUUACCAGCAUUUAAAAGAUUAAAACGCCUAAAGACAUUAGAUAUUUCAUACACAAAUCUAAAUAUUCCUGACUUAGAAGAAAUAGUCAAAGUGUGUCCCAGUUUGAAGAAUAUCGCUGUUAACUUUGUGUUCGGACGAUCUCCUAUUAUUAAGAUUGAUGAAAAGUCUUUUAUGGAGUACCAGCAAUUGUUCAAUCAAUUUGAAAAUAUUCAUUUUGUAGGAUCUUUGACUAAUUUACUAUUAUCUAGGACAGUGGUUUAUAUGUUGGAGAAAGCAAAGUUAGAUACAUUAAAACUAAGUGCUGUUGAGUUUGAUCAUAUGAACACAGCACUUGUAGACAGAUUUACACCCUGUGUUGCACCAAGCUUCAAUCAUUUGUCACUUUUCUUGGUAGAUUGGAGAGCUAAAAGAACAUAUGACUUUCUCAGAAAUUUCCCUAUUAUUGCAGCUCUAGAUUUGAAAGACUAUGAAUUUUUUGUGAUAUCUACUGUGCAUAUUCAUGAUGUGACAGUUUGUGCUUCACCAAAAUUAUGUGCAUUUUUCACAAAACAUUUUAAUGUGAAAGUAGAAUCAGUUACAGAUCAUACCAGAAAUCUUGUAGGAAAUGUUGCCUUAAUGAUGUGGAAAAGAGAAACAACACAGUUUGAUGAUAUAUUUUUUAAUAGAUUGUAUAAACGAGUCAAGCCGUAUUUCCCUUUUUAUUAUAAGGAACCAAGUCAAGCAAUUUGUCCACCCGAUUAUGACUGGAUCUUUACGGAGCCAACCCCAUGUCUUAUUGAUAUGGGAGAAUCUUCUGCAAAGGAGGGCAAGAGAAGGAAAACGUUAGUGCCCACUGUAGUGCUAGAUUAUGAUCAUGUGUUGCUACAGAAAUCUAAGACCCAACUCAGUAUAGCUUUUAAAUUUCAAACAUUAUCUGUCAUACUGUUGCCAACAUAUGCUGAUUAUUUUCAGAAAAUAACAUUUUUUAGUAUAUCCGGUGGAGCUGUAAAUUAUCAUUCUGAAUUCUUUUCAAUAUUGUUCCAGAAUUUCUAUAAUUUAGUUACUUUGUCUGUGGAGUGCCCUAAUCUUGCAUCACGUGGGUACUAUCAUGCCAUUUGUCGAGCUAUCAAAUCUAGUAAAUCCUUAAAAAAUUUACGUAUAGUAGAUAAGGGAAUGGAUUUCAAAAUCAUAUUUGAUUCGCUCAGUGAGUGUAAAACUUUAGAAAAUAUUAAUUUAGCCGAUCUAAAACAAUGGGAUCAUAAUAAAAUUGCAGAUCCAGACAACUUAGUAAGAUCAUGUACUAACUUAAACAGUAUUUUUAUAGAAGCACUAUUUGCUCAGACAUCUUUAAAAAAACAGAUUCAGUUGUUUAAUAAAGCGAGACAAACAAGAAAGAGGCCACAUCUUAAGGUUGUGGUCAACUUUGAGGUCCAUCCUUUCCCAUUUAAGUACAAUUAUGAUCCAUUUCUGGAAGUGUUUCAAUUAAAUCCAAUAAAACCAACAUAA